AUGUCAAGUGUAUGUGGGAUUUACAAGAGGUUUGAGGCACACUUAUUGAUGAUUAUAGCUCAAUUUGGCUACACUUUUCUAUACUUCAUAACUGAAGCUUCUUUCAACCAUGGAAUGAAUGUCCAAGUUUAUGUGACAUAUAGGCAUUUUGUGGGUGGUUUGGUAAUGUGGCCUUUGGCUUACUUCUUGGAGAGGAAAAGUCGCCCGAAAUUAACGUUUGCUUUAUUCUUUGAGAUCUUUGUGCUUUCACUACUUGGAGUUAGUUUGACUCUAAAUAUGUACUUUGCAAGCCUGAGAUAUACUUCUCCCACCUUCCUUGCAUCCAUGGUGAACACCAUAGCUUCCAUGACUUUCAUAAUUGCAGUGGUAAUUAGAAUUGAGAAGCUUGAUGUUAAGAGCUUACAUGGGAUUGCAAAGAUGGUUGGUACACUAGUUUCCUUGGCAGGUGUCACCGUCAUGACAUCGUACAAAGGACCAAGAGUGAGAAACUUAUGGAAUGCCCUAAUUCAUAUCCAAGGAAAUACAAUCCAUGAAGAUUGGGUGAAAGGUUCACUGCUCACAGUGGCUAGUUGCAUUACUUGGUCUAUAUGGUAUAUUAUGCAGGCAAGCACACUAAAGCGAUAUCCUGCGCAGCUCUCCUUGACAACAUGGAUGUCUCUUCUCGGUGGCCUGCAAUCUGCAGUUUUCGCCGCCAUUGUGGAGCGUGAUCCAAAAGCUUGGACUGUUGGUUUCAAUAUAGACAUGUGGAGCAUAAUCUAUGCUGGAGUGGUAUGCUCUGGUGUCAUAAUCUUCAUCCAGUUGUGGUGCACUAAAGAAAAGGGCCCAGUCUUUGUGACCAUGUUCAACCCCCUAUCAACUGUUUUCGUUGCCAUCCUAGCCUAUUCAGUUUUUGGUGAAAAACUUUAUGUAGGAAGUGUAUUGGGAGGAGUCAUGGUUAUAAUUGGGCUCUACUUGGUGCUAUGGGGAAAGGAAGCUGACCAAACAACAUCUGAUAUGCCUUCUCAAGAAUGCCAAGAGAGAAAGGAAGAUAAUCUAAAAGAGGUCUUACAAGUUUAG